GUGGCUGCCAGGUUGCCGCCCUUGAGACGUUUCAAACCAGAGGCUGCAGAACUUGACCAAUGGGGUGCAGAACGUUGGGGGCCGAACGUUCCGCGACCUCCCUCCACCCCGCCCUCUUUUCCCUUUGUGACGUCUCUGGUCACCCUCUCUCCGGCCUCUAUAAUCUGUGCCUUUUCCUCCGCCGAUUUACGCGGCUCUAGAUACCUUUGCUGAGAAAGUGGUGCUUACCUGCUGCUAGACCAUGGCCUUCGUCACCCGACAGUUCGUGCGCUCCCUGGCUUCCUCUUCCUCCGCCACUGGACCCGCGGCCUCGGCCAAGAAGAUCCUCGUCAAGCACGUGAUUGUCAUUGGAGGUGGGCUCAUGGGUGCUGGGAUCGCGCAGGUUGCCGCAUCAACUGGACACACGGUUGUAUUAGUGGACCAAACAGACGAGAUCCUGGCCAAGUCCAAAAAAGGAAUUGAAGAAAACCUCCAGAGAGUUGCCAAAAAGAAAUUUGCAGAGAAUCCUCAGGCUGGUGAUGAAUUUAUUAAGAAGACCUUGAGCAACAUAUCUUUGAGCACAGAUGCUGCUUCUGUGGUCCAUAGCACUGACUUGGUGAUAGAAGCCAUCGUGGAGAACCUGAAAGUGAAAAAUGAGCUUUUCCAGAGGCUGGACAAGUUUGCAGCAGAACACACGAUCUUUGCCAGCAAUACUUCCUCUUUGCAAAUCACAGACUUAGCCAAUUCUACCACUAGGCAAGACCGAUUUGGGGGGCUCCAUUUCUUCAACCCUGUGCCCAUGAUGAAGCUGGUAGAGGUCAUCAAGACACCAAUGACCAGUCAGAAAACAUUUGAAUCUCUCAUGGACUUCAGCAAAGCUUUGGGAAAGAAUCCAGUAACUUGCAAGGAUAGCCCUGGAUUUGUUGUAAACCGUCUCCUUGUGCCGUAUCUUAUGGAAGCAAUCAGGAUGCAUGAAAGAGGGGAUGCAUCAAAAGAAGAUAUUGAUAUAGCCAUGAAGAUGGGAGCUGGUUACCCCAUGGGUCCAUUUGAACUCCUGGACUAUGUUGGUCUAGAUACCACCAAGUUCAUUGUGGAUGGAUGGCAUCAAAUGGAUUCGAAAAACCCAUUAUUCCAACCUAGCCAAUUGCUAAAUAAAUUGGUAGAAGAAAAGAAGUUCGGCAGGAAGACAGGAGAAGGUUUUUACAAACACAAGUGAUCCCCUGGGUCUCUUGAGUGGGAGGAAAUCUCUGUCAGCAGGCACCAAUUGGCCAUCUCAAGAACCCGGCGGGAAUACUGUUUGGGCAGAAGUUCCCUCACCCAGCCUGCUCUGAUCUUUGUGCAUUUUGAUUGUUAUCUGUCUGAAGAUUAUUUUGCACUCAUUAUGUAAUAACACAUUUCUCUAUUUGGGAACUAAUUGGGUUUUUUUCAGUCUGUCUCAGUUUUUCUAUAAGCUUUAUGCCCUUUGUGCCUUGGAGCAAAUGAUGCCUUUGAAUCUGUUCAUUUUCUUGUAAAAUUAUAUACUCGUAAAGAAGGUGACACCUCUUCGUGUCUUCUCCUCUUUGGAGAACGCAUGUAUUAUUGGUGUCGUGUGUGUCUGUGUGUGUACGUAUUUGAGCUGUGCUCUCUUUGAUCCAGCAGGUGGCAGUGUGUACCUAGCCUUUUAGGAGACUAUGUGCCAUAAUAACUUACCUGCCUUAUGAGGUUUCACCAUAUUGCUAGCAUCAAAUUUGAAACAAUCUGACCAGACACUGAAGAAUAUAAACUUCGGUUUUAAUUCAGUUCUUUUUCAGAAGAAAAACAUAAUCUCAUGAUAUUGCACUUAAUAAAGAAUGAGUACCAUUUUUCUCCUUUUUCCUGAUCAUCCACAUUUUCCUCCAACCCUUUUGGAAACCACUAUAUAGAUUGGAUUUAGUUAGAGAUAGAAACCAACAAAAUUUAAUAAUAAUCUUAAGUAAUGAUAAAAGUACAGUUCGGUACUUUAAAACAAACACUCUGCUUAAAUUUCUUCCCCCCAGAAAUGGCAUGAGGGUAGGGAUUGGGACUUAGGAAAUAAUUCUGGUCUAAAUCUUCAUGGGGCUAUUAUUUUCAUAGGUUCCUUUUCCUUCAUGGUAUAAAAAGAGAUCUCUGAUUACUUAAGAUGAUAUCAAUUCAUCAUAAUGUCAGUUUCUUGGAGUAAAGGGAUCUAGGCUUCCUUUAAUUUGAAAUUAGUUUGAAAAGGUAUCUUCAAAGAUGUGGGAUGUUAAGAUUGGAAAAGAUCUUAGGCAUUGUCUAGCCCAACUCCUUCAUUAUACAAAUAGGGAAACUGGAGUCCAGAGAAGUUAAGUGCACUGACCACGGUCACACAGCUGAGCUGGGAAUUAGAAUCAGAGUGGUAGGUGACAGGAUAAAAUAUUGGGAUGAAGCUGGGAAAAAAACCAAACCCACAGGCCUAGUCCCUCCUCCCUAAAAGUCAUUGUUGGAUUAUAUAUUGGGUUAAAAGUUCAAUGCUAGGAAAAUGGGAGAGGGUGAGGGAGCUUUUUUUCUAUAAUCACACAUUAGCAAAAAAAAAGAAUUCUUUCAACUAAAACAAAACUAAAAUGAGCACAUGCCUAUGUAUAUGUAUGUAUAUAUGCACACAUAUCAAUCUGCAGUGUGUAUGGGUAUAUAUAUAUAUAUAUAUGUAUGUCUAUCAUUUGAUGAAUGUACACUCAGAACAGUCUAAAGAAAUUGAGGCUUCUCUGAACAUUUUUAUAAAAUGUUUCCUAAGAAAACAAAGGAAACACCUGUAUAGCUGCCCCUGUUUCCAUGUAAUAAAGGUUAACCAUGUGGUCUAACAA